GCGUGACAAUGUGAGGAGGCUCAUGUGAUGUUCUUUUUAAAUUCCUGUUUCCCCGCAGCGCAGUUCUUCAGCCAGAGCUGCUGCUGCUGGUUUUACGCAUGUCUGUUUGACACCGACAGACCUGAACAGAACCUUCAAGCGUCGCUCUGCUCUCCUCACCAUCAUGCUGUGGCGGUUCUGAGCUCGUUUGCUUUUUCUUUUUUUUUUUUUGCCUUUGUGUGUGUGUGUGUGUGUUGUUAUUGCGAAGCCUUUGUGGACUCCUGCAAGAGAGAAAGAGAGGAAGCAAUGCAGCUUCGGACCGAUGCUCCGGUGUGAUCCGGUCCAUGUGUGUGAUCUGAUAGACUGCCUCCGGGCUGCAGAAAUACUACAAUAGCGUUUAGCCUUCAAGAAGAGGCCAGUGACUCUGAAGGGGUGGGAGGGGAAAAAAAUUACAAGAGAGCCGGAGGAUCGAGCUGCAAGUCGCGACCAGAGUCCAGGGUCUCACCCUAAAGCCUGAGGAGCCAUGUCAUCCACCAAAUUUAAAAAAGAUAAGGAGAUCAUAGCGGACUACGAGACCCAAGUAAAAGAGAUCCGUAACCAGCUAGUGGAGCAGUUCAAGUGUUUGGAGCAGCACUCUGAGUCUCGCAUCCAGCUGCUGCAGGACGUGCAAGAAUUCUUCCGACGCAAAGCCGAGAUCGAACUGGAAUACUCCCGCAGCUUGGAGAAACUAGCCGAGAGGUUCUCCUCCAAGAUCCGCAGCUCCAGGGAACACCAGCAGUUCAAGAAAGACCAGCACCUGUUGUCCUCAGUAAACUGCUGGUAUCUGCUGCUGAACCAGACCAGGCGUGAGAGUCGGGACCACGCCACCCUCUGCGACAUCUACACCAACAACGUUAUCGUUCGCUUGGCUCAGAUCAGCGAGGAUGUCAUCCGUCUGUUCAAGAAGAGCAAAGAGAUUGGGAUCCAGAUGCACGAGGAGCUGGUGAAGGUGACAAAUGAACUCUACACUGUGAUGAAAACAUACCACAUGUACCACACUGAGAGCAUCAGUGCUGAGAGCAAACUGAAAGAUGCUGAAAAGCAGGAGGAAAAGCAGUUCAGCCGAUCCGGAGAUCUCAACGUCAACCUGCUCCGGCAUGAAGACCGCCAACCGAGACGCAGCUCUGUCCGAAAAAUUGAGAAGAUGAAAGAGAAGAGGCAAGCCAAGUAUUCGGAAAAUAAGCUGAAAUGCACCAAGGCGCGGAAUGACUAUUUGCUGAACCUGGCAGCAACAAAUGCAGUGGUGGCGAAGUAUUACAUCCAUGACGUGUCUGAUAUGAUCGAUUGCUGUGACCUGGGCUACCAUGCCAGCUUGGCUCGCACCUUUAGGACCUACUUGUCUGCAGAGUACAACCUGGAGACGUCGCGCCACGAGGGACUGGAUAUCAUUGAGAAUGCAGUGGACAACCUGGACUCUCGCAGUGACAAGCACAAGAUCAUGGAUAUGCAUAACCAGGUGUUCUGCCCUCCCAUGCGCUUUGAAUACCUGCCACACAUGGGAGACGAGGUGUGCCAGGUCAGCGCUCAGCAGCCGGUCCAGACUGAGCUCCUGAUGCGCUACCACCAACUGCAGUCUCGUUUAGCAACCCUAAAGAUAGAGAACGAGGAGGUGAGAAAGACCCUGGAUGCCACCAUGCAAACCCUACAGGACAUGCUGACAGUGGAGGACUUUGACGUGUCGGACGCCUUUCAGCACAGCCGGUCUACGGAAUCUAUCAAGUCUGUGGCUUCGGAGUCAUACAUGAACAAGCUCAAUGUUGCCAAGAGGAGGGCCAACCAACAAGAGACAGAAACGUUUUACUUCUCGAAAUUCAAGGAGUACCUGAAUGGCAGUAACCUCAUCAUCAAACUGCAGGCAAAGCAUGACCUAUUGAAGCAGACGCUGGGUGAAGGGGAGAGAGCCGAGUGCGGAACGACAAGGCCACCCACCCUACCCCCCAAGCCACAGAAAAUGCGGAAACCUAGGCCACGCUCCAUGUAUAACCAUAAGCUGUUUAACGGCAACAUGGAGACCUUCAUCGAGGAUUCAGGUCAACCGAUACCUCUUGUUGUUGAAAGUUGCAUCAGAUACAUCAACCUGUAUGGGUUGCAGCAGCAGGGAAUAUUUCGUGUGCCGGGAUCACAGGUGGAGGUCAAYGAUAUCAAAAACUCAUUUGAGAGAGGUGAAGAUCCUUUGAUUGAUGACCAGAAUGAACAUGAUAUUAACUCAGUAGCGGGAGUGCUGAAGCUUUACUUCAGAGGACUGGAAAACCCUCUUUUCCCAAAGGAGUGUUUCUUGGACUUCAUCUCUACCAUCAAGCUGGAAUCGGGGCCUGAGAGGGCGCAUCACAUCCAGCAGAUCGUCGUGACUCUUCCUCGGACCGUCAUCAUCGUCAUGAGAUACCUUUUUGCUUUUCUCAAUCAUCUGUCCCAGUACAGCGAUGAGAACAUGAUGGAUCCGUACAAUUUAGCCAUCUGCUUCGGCCCGACUCUGAUGCCCAUCCCGGACGACCAGGACCCCGUGGCGUGCCAGGCGCAYGUUAACGAAGUCAUUAAGACCAUCAUUACCCACCAUGAGGUCAUUUUUCCUAAUCAACGAGAGCUGGACGGGCCGGUGUACGAGAAGUGCAUGACCGGCGGGGAGGAGUACUG